AUGGAAUUCCCCCUUGGGUCCCUGGAAACUACCAACUUCCGUCGAUUCACUCCAGAGUCCCUGGUGGAGAUUGAAAAGAGAAUUGCGGCCAAGCAGGCAGAAAAAAAAGCCAAAGGUAAGCAGAGUAAGCACAAGCACAAGCAGAAGGACCAAGAGGAGAAGCCUCGGCCCCAGCUCGACUUGAAAGCCUGCAACCAGCUGCCCAAGUUCUAUGGCGAACUCCCGGCAGAGCUGAUCGGGGAGCCCCUGGAGGAUCUGGACCCCUUCUACACUGCACACAGGACGUUUAUGGUGCUGAACAAAGGGAGGACCAUUUCCCGGUUCAGUGCCACUCGGGCCCUGUGGUUAUUCAGUCCUUUCAACCCGAUCAGAAGAACAGCCAUCAAAGUGUCUGUCCACUCAUAUCCUUUGUGGUUCAGCACCUUUAUCACAGUCACGAUCGUCGUCAACUGUGUGUGCAUGACCCGCACCGACCUUCCAGAGAAGAUGGAGUAUGUCUUCACUGUCAUUUAUACCUUCGAAGCCUUGAUAAAGAUAGUGGCAGGAGGAUUUUGUCUCAAUGAGUUCACCUACCUGCGAGAUCCUUGGAACUGGCUGGAUUUUAGCGUCAUCACCCUGGCGUACAUUAGCACAAUGACAGAUCUCCAGGGGAUCUCAGGCCUGCGGACGUUCAGAGUUCUUAGAGCUUUAAAAACAGUCUCUGUGAUUCCAGGGCUGAAGGUCAUCGUUGGGGCCCUGAUCCACUCAGUGAAGAAGCUGGCGGAUGUGACCAUCCUCACCGUCUUCUGUCUGGGUGUCUUUGCCCUGGUGGGCCUGCAGCUCUUCAAGGGCAACCUCAAGAACAACUGUGUCAAGAAUUGCACAGCUCUCAACGAUACAGCCAAUUACUCCUCUUAUGAAAAGCUCGAGUGGAAUUUCUGCCAUAAUGGUGCAGACAUGUACAUCAAUAAGCCAGGCACUUCUGAUCGCUUAUUGUGCGGCAACGGAACUGAUGCAGGCCACUGCCCUAAAGGUUAUUUCUGCAUGAAAACAUCUGACAACCCAGAUUUUAACUACACCAGCUUUGAUUCCUUCGCUUGGGCUUUCCUCUCACUGUUCCGCCUCAUGACACAGGAUUCCUGGGAACGCCUCUACCAGCAGACCCUGAGGGCUUCUGGGAAAUUCUAUAUGGUCUUUUUUGUGCUUGUCAUCUUCCUGGUAUCUUUCUACCUGGUCAACUUGAUUUUGGCUGUCGUCACCAUGGCAUACGAGGAGCAGAACAAAGCAACCAUGGAUGAAAUUGAAGCCAAGGAGAAGAAGUUCCAGGAGGCCCUCGAGAUGCUCCGGAAGGAGCAUGAGGUGCUGGCAGCAAUGGGGAUUGACACCGCCUCUCUCCACUCCCACAGUGGAUCCCCUUUAGCCUCCAAAAGAGCCAAUGAAAAAAGGCACAGAAUGAAGCCAAAGGUGUCAGAUGGCUCCACAGAUGACAAUAAAUCACCACAAUCUGAGCCUUACAACCAACGCAGGAUGUCUUUCCUAGGCCUCACCUCUGGGAGACGCCGGGCUAGCCAUGGCAGUGUGUUCCAUUUCCGGGCCCCUGUCCGAGACGGCUCAUUCCCUGAUGGGGUCACAGAUGAUGGAGUCUUUCUUGGAGACCACGACAGCCAUCGGGGCUCCCUGCUGUUGGGUGGGAGUACCAACCAACCAGGCCCUCUCCCUAAGAGCCCGCUGCCUCAACCCACCAACCCUGGAUCAGGGCAUGGAGAGGAUGGACACCCCACAUUGCCCACUGGUGAGCAUGGACCUGGAGUCACAGAAGGCUCGGCGUCUGAAGCAGGACAAAAGAAGACUUUCUUAUCAGCAGAAUACUUGAAUGAACCCUUCCGAAUCCAAAGGGCAAUGAGUGUGGUCAGUAUCAUGACCUCCGUCCUCGAGGAACUGGAGGAAUCUGAACAGAGGUGCCCACCCUGCUUGACCAGCUUGGCUCAGAAGUAUCUGAUCUGGGAGUGCAGCCCCUCAUGGCUGAAGUUCAAGACGCUCCUGUUCAGGAUUGUGACGGACCCCUUUGCGGAGCUCACCAUCACCCUGUGCAUCGUGGUGAACACAGUCUUCAUGUCCAUGGAGCACCACAACAUGAGCCACACCUUUGAAACCAUGUUCGCCGUAGGCAACAUUGUCUUCACCGUGUUUUUUGCGAUUGAAAUGCUCUUCAAAAUCAUUGCCUUUGACCCCUACUAUUACUUCCAGAAGAGGUGGAACAUUUUCGACUGCAUCAUUGUCACCGUGAGCCUGAUAGAGCUGCUCACGUCCAAGAAGGGCGGCAUGGCGGUGCUGCGGUCCUUCCGCCUGCUGCGGGUCCUCAAGCUGGCCAAGUCCUGGCCCACCUUAAACACCCUCAUCAAGAUCAUCGGGAACUCAGUGGGGGCUCUGGGGAACCUCACCAUCAUCCUGGCCAUCAUUGUCUUUAUCUUCGCUCUGGUUGGCAAGCAGCUCCUCGGGGAUAACUACCGGGACUAUCGGCACAAGAUCUCUGCGCCCGGCGAGGAAUGGCCUCGUUGGCACAUGUACGACUUCUUCCACUCCUUCCUCAUCAUCUUCCGGAUCCUCUGCGGGGAGUGGAUUGAGAACAUGUGGGCCUGCAUGGAAGUCGGCCAGACCUCCGUCUGCCUCAUCCUGUUCCUGACGGUGAUGGUGCUGGGGAACCUGGUGGUGCUCAACCUGUUUAUCGCCCUGCUGCUGAACUCCUUCAGCGCCGACAACCUCACAGCCCCAGAGGAGGAUGGGGAGAUGAACAACCUGCAGGUGGCCCUGGCCCGGGUCCAGGCGUUUGGCCAUCGCACCAUGAAGACUCUUCGAAGCUUCUUCCGCAGGCCCUGCCUGUUCUCCCGGACCAAGGCACAGCCCCAGCAGGUGGUGAAGAUCCCACUCUCCAACUCCAAAGUCGAGAACCACAUCACUGCUGAUGCAGCCCUGGGGGGCCCUGGAGGUCUCUCGGCCCCCAGAGACCCCGGGGACAGCCACAGUGACUUCAUCACCAAUCCUAACGCAUGGGUCUCUGUGCCCAUUGCCGAGGGUGAAUCUGACCUGGAUGACUUGGAGGAGGAGGAAGAAGAGGAGGAUGCUGGGAGCUCCCAGCAGGAAGUGAUCCCACAUGGGCAGGAGCAGCUGCAGCAAGUCGGGAGCUAUGAGGACCACCCGGCACCCAGCAGCCCAGGCUCUGGAACGUCCUCUGAGGACCUGGCUCCAUACCUGGGCGAGAAGUGGAAAGACCAGGCGGCCGCUCAGGCCCCUGCAGAGGCAGCGAGCGACGGGAGCUCCUCCGAGGGCAGCACGGUGGACUUCCUGGAUCCCGAGGAGAUCCUGAAGAAGAUCCCCGAGCUGGCCGAGGACCUGGAAGAACCGGAAGACUGCUUCACAGAAGGCUGCAUUCGCCGCUGUCCCUGGUGCAAAGUGAACACCGCCAAGUUCCCAUGGACCGUGGGCUGGCAGGUGCGCAAGACCUGCUACCGCAUCGUGGAGCACAGCUGGUUUGAGAGCUUCAUCGUCUUCAUGAUCCUGCUCAGCAGCGGGUCUCUGGCCUUUGAAGAUUACUACCUUGACCAGAAGCCCACGGUGAAGGCCUUGCUGGACUACACCGAUAGGGUGUUCACAUUUAUCUUUGUGUUCGAGAUGCUGCUCAAGUGGGUGGCCUACGGCUUCAAGAAGUACUUCACCAACGCCUGGUGCUGGCUCGACUUCCUCAUCGUGAACAUAUCCCUGACCAGCCUCAUAGCGAAGAUCCUGAAGUAUUCUGACAUGGCAUCCAUCAAAGCCCUUCGGACCCUCCGCGCCCUGCGGCCACUGCGGGCUCUGUCUCGAUUUGAAGGCAUGCGGGUGGUGGUAGAUGCCCUGGUGGGCGCCAUCCCGUCCAUCAUGAACGUCCUCUUUGUCUGCCUCAUCUUCUGGCUCAUCUUCAGCAUCAUGGGCAUGAACUUCUUCUCAGGGAUGUUUUGGAGGUGCAUCAACAUGACCAAUAAAGACUUUUCUCUUGUGUCUUAUACUAUUGUGAAUAACGAAUCUGAUUGUAGACUUCACAACUACACUGGAAAUCUCUUUUGGGUCAACAUGAAGGUCAACUUUGAUAAUGUUGCAAUGGGUUACCUCGCGCUUCUGCAAGUGGCAACCUUUAAAGGCUGGAUGGACAUCAUGUAUGCGGCUGUCGAUGCCCAAGGGGUGAACUUGCAGCCCAAGUGGGAGAACAAUGUGUACAUGUACUUGUACUUCGUCAUCUUCAUCAUUUUCGGCGGCUUCUUCACACUUAAUCUUUUCGUUGGGGUCAUAAUUGACAACUUCAAUCAACAGAAGAAAAAGUUAGGGGGCCAGGACAUCUUCAUGACAGAGGAGCAGAAGAAGUACUACAACGCCAUGAAGAAGCUGGGCUCCAAGAAGCCCCAGAAGCCCAUUCCCCGGCCCCUGAACAAGUACCAGGGCUUUGUCUUUGACAUCGUGACCAGACAGACUUUCGACAUCAGCAUCAUGGUCCUCAUCUGCCUCAACAUGAUCACUAUGAUGGUGGAGACAGAUGAUCAGAGUGAGGAAAAGACGAAAAUCCUUAACAAAAUCAACCAGUUCUUUGUGGCUGUCUUCACCGGAGAGUGCGUCCUGAAGAUGUUCGCUUUGAGGCAAUACUUCUUCCUGAACGGCUGGAAUGUGUUUGACUUCAUCGUCGUGGUCCUCUCCAUUGGGAGCCUGGCGGUUUUUGCAAUUAUUUCAUCACUUGAAAAUUACUUCUCCCCAACCAUCCUCCGAGUCAUCCGUCUGGCCCGAAUCGGCCGCAUCCUCAGGCUAAUCCGAGCAGCCAAGGGGAUCCGCACGCUGCUCUUUGCCCUCAUGAUGUCCCUGCCUGCCCUCUUCAACAUCGGGCUGCUGCUCUUCCUCGUCAUGUUCAUCUACUCCAUCUUCGGCAUGGCCACCUUCCCCCAUGUCAAGUGGGAGGCUGGCAUCGACGACAUGUUCAACUUCCAGACCUUCGCCAACAGCAUGCUGUGCCUCUUCCAGAUCACCACGUCGGCUGGCUGGGAUGGUCUCCUCAACCCCAUCCUCAACACGGGGCCCCCCUUCUGCAACCCCAAUCUGCCCAACAGCAAUAGCACUAGAGGGGACUGUGGGAACCCAGCCGUGGGCAUCAUCUUCUUCACCACCUACAUCAUCAUCUCCUUCCUCAUCGUGGUCAACAUGUACAUCGCAGUGAUUCUGGAGAACUUCAAUGUGGCCACGGAGGAGAGCACCGAGCCCCUGAGCGAGGACGACUUUGACAUGUUCUAUGAGACCUGGGAAAAGUUUGACCCGGAGGCCACCCAGUUCAUAACAUUUUCUGCCCUCUCAGACUUUGCAGACACCCUCUCUGGCCCCUUGCAAAUCCCAAAACCCAAUCGGAACGUAUUAAUCCGAAUGGACCUUCCCUUGGUCCCUGGAGAUAAGAUCCAUUGCUUGGACAUCCUUUUUGCCUUCACCAAGAAUGUUCUGGGAGAGUCUGGGGAGCUGGAUUCUCUGAAGGCAAAUAUGGAAGACAAGUUUAUGGCCACAAAUCUUUCAAAAGCAUCUUAUGAACCAAUAGCCACCACCCUCCGGUGGAAGCAAGAAGACAUUUCAGCCACCAUCAUUCAAAAGGCCUAUCGGAGCUAUGUGUUCCACCGCUCCAAGACAAUCUUCAAUCCCCCCGGUGUGGCCAGGGCUGAGGAGGAGGCUGUGUCACUUCCCGAUGAAGACUUCGUUGCAUUCGCCGAAAAUGAGAAUAGUGUGCUUCCAGAUAAAUCUGAAACUGCAUCUGCCAUAUCUUUCCCACCCUCCUAUGACAGUGUCACUAGAGGCCUUAGUAAUCAAGUCAACAUGAGCACAUCUAGCUCAAUACAAAAUGUAGGUGAAGCUACCAGUAAGGAAGCCACUCCCCCUGCACCCUAG